AUGUUAGCGUCAUUCCGUGCUACUCAAGGGUUGCGCGGGGCUAUCGAGUCCCUGACACGCCAAGCCACGUGCUCUGCACGGUCCUCGCGCACGACAUCAUCUGCCCUUUCACCCCCGAGCAGCAGGCUCCUUCACAGCACAGCCAUCCGAACCGUAUCAUAUCGUCGCUUCAAUGACGGCGACAAACAGCCCUUGCAAUCAUCCCGGAAUCAGUGGCCUAGCGCACCACAGUCACAGUCGUCCGGACGGGAGCAGCUGUCAGCGGAUGUACUUCGCAAACAACUCGAAGACCAGCUCUUCCGUCGUGUGGGGCAAGUAGGUCAAUCACAGUCUCGAUCACGACAGCCUGUACAGUAUCAGCGCUUUGGCGGCGGCGGUAGCAGUGGCGGCGGAGGUGGACGAGGAGGAAGGGGGUCACUCUUCUCAUCACGUCCACCUACCCUCGUUCUCGUGGCUCUUGGAGGUGCUGGCAUCUACUAUGUUGUGCAUCUCGAACAGGUGCCCGAGACAGGUCGAUGGAGAUUCAUCGAUGUGAGCGCCCAACAAGAGCACGAGAUGGGGCAGGAGACGUUCCGACAGACGUUGGCAGAAUACCGCGAUCGCAUCCUGCCUGCUUCGCACCCUUACUCGAAGCAGGUGCGUGCUGUAGCCAGCCGCAUCGUCGCUGCCCUCGACAAGGCCGUAGACGAUCGCAACCAGCCUCAUCACACCAAGGGAGAUCCGUUCCUCACCCACCAUUCGCACGGUGAGCAAGGCGGCAUCAGCUACGGCUCGAACGCUUCUCUUGGCAACAACGGCAACGGCGACAGCGCGUCAUGGUUCGGUGGUGCCUCUUCCGCAGCACCCCAACAGGCGGCGACCAAAUGGGAAGUAUUCGUGAUCGACGAUCCCAAACAAAAGAACGCCUUCGUGCUGCCCGGAGGCAAAAUUUUUGUCUUCACCGGCAUCAUGCCUGUCUGCCAGAACGCCGACGGCCUCGCCACCGUGCUCGGCCACGAAGUCGCACAUCAAGUCGCACGCCACUCUGCCGAAAAGAUGUCCGGCUACAAGGUACUGCUCUUCGGCACCUUCCUGCUGGACGCCUUUGGGCUGGACAUCGGUCUGAGCAGAGCCGCGCUCACUUUGCUGCUCUCGCUGCCCAACUCGCGCAAGACGGAGCUCGAAGCUGACUACCUCGGACUGCGCAUCAUGAGCCGUGCGUGCUUCGACCCGAGGGAGGCAAGCCGGCUGUGGACGCGCAUGAGCGAGUCCGAGGGUGGCAGCGGGGGAGGUGUCCUAAGCAGCGCACAGGCGAUCCUAUCGACGCACCCCGUUUCGAGUCAGCGCAUCAAGAACAUGGAAAAGUGGCUGCCCGAGGCGUUGGAGACCAGGCAGGCGUCCGACUGUCCUGCGCCCGAACAGAUCUCUGGGUUCAGAAGUGCGGCUGCUUCCGCACGCCAGACCUUCUCGCCGUUCUAG